AUGGCACAAUGGUACCAGGGGAAUGCAUAUAGGCUGAAUAGCAAUGGGCAGUAUUCAGUAUCUAGAAGCUAUAAUGCAAUGAUAGGACAUUUGCCAAGAUACAGGGAAAUGAAACUGAUAUGGAACAGGAAACUACUACCAGGACAUAGGUUUGUCUUGUGGCUGGCUUACCAACAAAAACUGCAAACAAAGAGUAGAUUAAUACAGCUGAACAUUCCUAUAACAGACAAUGUAGAAUGUUGUCUUUGUGAUCAGGGAGUAAUUGAAACACAACAACAUAUGUUUGGAGAUUGUAGUUGGUUUAAAGACAUGAAAGAGGCUUUAACAAGCUGGGCAGCAAUCAAGCUACCAAACAUGGCAAUACCAGAGCUGUUAAAAUGGAUCAACAGAAGGAAUUGGAAGCACAUGAAGAAGGAGGUUGCAACAGCAAUCAUAGGAGCAAUGGUGUAUCACACUUGGCAAGCAAGGAACUGGAGGAUCUUCAGACAAAUUGCAUUGAAAUUGGAAUUUUGCACUGGACAAAUAAAAAAGGAGAUGGUGGACAGGAUAAGCAUGCAUGAAGAAUCCAAAAGAGCAGGGCAAUGCUCGUUGUUGAUGCAAAGAAUAUGUGCCUAG